CUGCUAUGCCAGCCACGCUCGCAGAGUUCACCUUCGACGGCGCCGGCGGCAAGGACUUCUACCACGUCAACCUCGUCGACGGAUACAACCUGCCCAUGCUCGUGCAGGCGGCCGCGCCCGGCUGCCUCGUCGACCUCAACGAGCGCUGCCCCUCCGAGCUUCGCGCCAGCGACGGCCGCGCUUGCCGCAGCGCCUCUGAGGCCUUCGGCCGCCCUGAGUAUUGCUGCAACGGCGCCUACAGCAACCCCAACACCUGCCACCCCUCACAGUACUCGCAGCUCUUCAAGUCGGCGUGCCCCAAGUCCUACAGCUACGCCUACGACGACGCCACCUCCACCUUCACCUGCAACCACACCGACUACGCCAUCACCUUCUGCCCGCGAUCCACUCCAUCCAGGAUGGGAGAAGAAUCUGGCAAAAUACAGACUUUCAGGUAAUGCAAUUUGUAUAUAUUCAGAGUUUCUUUUGCCAUUUUUUUUUACAACUUUGUGGAACGAUUAGGUGCAAAAUAGGUUGU